AUGGCGAUCUUUAGGCAAUGCCAGCACCACUGGUUACUGCUACUUGUGGGAUUUCUUGUCCUGUUUGAAGCCUUACGAGGUGCUGAUGCCGCUGCCAAUGGAAGGUUCCAGUUCACCCAAGCCGUCUACUCUACUACGGAAGAUUUUGGAGUCGCCUACAUUACGGUGCAGCGCAGUCUUGGAUCCGACGGUCGUGCUGCAGUAUAUGUAUCAACCAUUCCCGGUGUGGGGACCGCUGUUGCUGGGCGAGACUACAAACCGUUGUUCAACGUCAGUCUCGUGUGGCAGGAUGGCGAAGACUUUGAGAAGGCGAUCUACUUACCUAUCUACAACGACGGCAAACCUCAAGAGAGCCCAAAAAUCUUCAUGUUGAAGCUGCAUGACUCGAUUGGAGCGGACAUCAACCCAGAUCGCAACCGAACACAAGUGGUGCUGGUACCUCCUUCCAACCUCGUACCCGGUAGCUUUAGUUUUAAGGACGCCGCAGUGACUAUAUCAGAAGGCAACACAUUAACCAUUCCUGUUCUCUGGGUCGCUGGCACGACGUCGACUGCUAGUGUCAAAUUUCAGAUUGUGUGCAAGAGUGCGUGCUCGCCAGGAGACUUUGAAUUGGUAUCUCCACUGACGCAGCUUUUGCAGUGGAAGCGUGACAAUUACCCAGCCAGUGUUACCAAUCGAACACAGAAUAUCGUGUUGCAAGUUCCAGACGAUGGGUUGUACGAAUUAUCGGAGAACUUCCUUUUACGCUUAGUAAAAGUGGCGGCCACGGACGGUGACACGAUCGGCACAGGGGCAAUAGGAGACAUUGGAGAAAUGGUCGUGACCAUCGCUGGUCCGAACGAUGCAAAGUCGGGCACUCUACAGUUCGAUGCUGACUGUUUUCCAGACUGCGCGAGUACCAAGUACUCAAUGUUCGCAGGAGGCACCGCCCGCCUGACGGUCCAGCGACGAAAUGGGAGUGACGGAGAUUGCUCCGUUACAGUUGCUACUCAAGAUGGUACGGCCUUAGCAGGGUUGGACUACGAACCACUAGAGCAAACGCUGUCAUGGAAAGAAGGUGACGUCAGCGACCGACAAAUUAUCGUGAAAGCCUUGUCUCGACCAGAUCCAAGGCUACCAGUUCGACGUGUCGCGAUUGUGCUACGAAAUAGCGUAGGGGCCCCAAUUAACGGCGUUCAUGCGAGUACUACGUACGUGGAUAUUGCCAGUGUGACCAAUGUGUUCCUCGGUGACAUCAACUUCGCUGCUCGCGAGCCCCUGGAGUCUGUGUUGAAAGUUCCAGAUCUAAGCUUCAUCGAGCUGGCCUCGCGCAACACAAGCUCGCGGCUCCAAUUGUGUCCUAGUGUAAUGAUGACCGAGCAAGGGGUGCUGUCGGUCGCCAUUCAACGCAACUUUGCAGCUUUUCCCGUCCCGGUACGCGUCACCGUGAAUACUGUAGCGGGGACAGCAACGCCUGGAGUGGAUUUCGAGCCACUCAUAAACACUGCUGUCACUUGGGCAAAUGGCGACUCUGAGGUAAAGUACGUUGUUCUGCAAAUCUUAACGCCCACUAGCUAUGACCCUCGACCGCGCUCUUUCUGGCUGCAACUUUCCGACGUGACUGGAACAACAGUCGGAGAUUGUAACGUUCUCGAAGUGGUGCUGGUAGGAAUUGCCCAAGGUCCGCAUAUUGAAUCAUUUGAUCUCGAUAUGGCAUUGGGUGCGCUUACUCUCCGGAUGAACGUUCCAGUCCAAGCAUCAACGCUGGAUGUGAGCAAACUGCUACUGCAGUCCGAGCGUGAGCUGAAGUAUGGCGCUACCUUUCGGUUUUCUCCGCAGCAGACGAGCACGAGCAGCUUGGACGGAACAACAAUUGUGGUUAACAUUGGUGUGGGGGAUCUCAAUUCGCUCAAACGUGUAGUCGGUCUGGCGCAGAGCGCAAAUACCGCGUUCUUAAGCGUCGAUGCUGGUCUUUUCCAGUACGUGCUUAACAACUGCCAAAGCAGCGGGAUCCUUGCUUGCUCUCCGAUGAUGACGGUAGCCACACCUUCAAGCGCAGCCAUCAGUGUCACCAAGUUCAAGGCAGAUACUGUUCCACCCAAACUAUUGAGUUAUAGUCUGGAUUUGCCACGCCGCCUGCUGAAGCUGCACUUUUCAGAAGCCGUAGACUUUGCCACCCUUAAAAUCGAGGGUCUUACAUUCUCGGAGACCGCGGCGGGUAUCGAUGUCUACCCACUUUCAUCUGCGACUACGCGUCUGUUUUCGCCUCAGCCAGAUCCAUUGAGUGGCGCCACGCUACGAGAUUCAAAUCGCCUGCCGGCAGACUACACGUUUCUUACUCUACAACUGGGCCGUACCGAUGUCACCGCUCUAAACGCGUUUGGUACUGGCCAGGUCGGUAUCACAAAGGCAAACACAUUUCUGGGAAUUGACAACACCUUCGUCGCAGACUUUGCCGGUAACGCUGUGACGAUCGUUGGCCCCGGAAAACUGCUUCAAGUUUCACCCGCAGACUGCUCAGCGUGUCCAACCGGAUCCUAUCUCGUCAGUUCGUGCUCAGAUCUUAAAAACCGAGUCUGUGCAACCUGCAGCGUUUGUCCUGGAAAUUCGUUUGCACUUGAAGCUUGCAGAGCUACGCAAGAUACGCUUUGUUACCCGUGUACGGAGUGUCGAGCGGGCCAAUUCGUUUCCGUUGCCUGCUCCCCAACAACGGAUCGAGUAUGCUCACCGUGUACUCAAUGCACGUUGGACGAGUACGAAGUCUCGCCUUGUGCAGCAGGGGUAGAUCGUAUUUGUCGGACUUGCAAUUCCUGCACUCUAACUUCAGCACAGCAGCUCAUGUGCCAAGACAGCCCCAUGUGGAAGCGACUGCAGAUGAGGAUGCCCUAUAGCUGCCCCCAACCUGGCCAACAAUUCAAGACGCGGGAGGAAAUGCUUCAACGCGCGAAGUCAAACCGUUGUGGAUCAGGACGCUGCUCCUGUGUUGCCACUGGCAUUCCUGGCAAUUCGAAUCCGAACGGGGACGGGUUUCCAGACGAUCCGCGAUGCACUGGACCUGUGGCGUACAAUAUCCUCGUUUAG